UUCAAUAAUUGAUUGCUUGCGGAGCCUUCAUAAUAGUGACUCGUAUUUAUUAACGGGUGACAACUUUUGUUUUCUCUUGAGCUCUAAUGACUUUGACCGCAAGCUUUGUUCAUUGAAUAUCCGAACCUUAUUCAGAGACCUGCGUAGAAAUAGUGAAUAUGGAUAGUCAAUACAAAGUGUGUAACAUAUCAGAAGAUGAGCUCAUACGGCAGAGAUACGCCAAUCGAAACAAAUUUUUGUUUAGAUAUUUUGGUCUUAUAAUUAUUUGCCUCCUUGGAUUCGGAUUAUACUUCUGCUAUGACAAUCCCGGAGCACUACAAGAUAAAUUCGAAAAGGAAAUGAAUAUGACAACAACCAAAUUUUCCAUGCUGUACUCGGUUUACUCGUGGCCAAACGUUGUACUAUGCUUUUUCGGGGGAUUUCUUAUAGAUAGUGUAUUUGGUGUAAGAUGGGGAACUAUUAUCUAUGUGUUUGUGGCUUUAUGUGGGCAGCUAAUUUUUGCCAUGGGAACAUACAUGGAUAUAUUUUGGCUGAUGAUCUUAGGCAGAUUUAUUUUUGGGAUUGGAUCAGAAGCAGUCUACAUAGCUCAAAGUAAUUAUACCGUGUUUUGGUUCAAGGGCAGAGCAUUAAACGCAAUUUUUGGGUUACAGUGGAGUUUCGGUCAAACGGGUUCAAUAGUAAACUUUCUAUCGAUAGGAAGUAUUUACAAAUUUGUGGAGAAAAAUUCAAAUAGCUCAACGUCUCAAUGUAUCGGAAUGGUAUUGUUAUUCGCUGCUAUCAUUUGCGCUGUGUCUCUGAUUUGCGCUAUUGUUUUGGCUGUUAUGCACAGUCAUGCCGGAAAAAUAUUAGAACAUGAUGAAGAAAAACAACCGCACACAGUCAAAUUCGCGGAUAUCAAAGUAUUUCAAUUAACUUAUUGGUUAAUCGUUUUACUUUGUGCGGCAUACACUGCUGCUAUAUAUCCAUUCAUUUCUUUGGCCAAAAUGUAUUUUGUAAAGAUGCAUGACUUUAAACCAGACGACGCUAACAAAUUGGUAUCACUAGUUUAUACAACUUCGGCUAUUUGCUCUCCUUUUAUCGGUCUUAUGAUUGACAAUUGUGGAAGAAACAUACUAUGGGUUAUGGUAGGCAUCAUAGGUUCGUUACUGUCUCAUAUAGUACUUGCCUUUACCAAAUUCAAUCCACAUACCUGCAUGAUCUCGUUGGGCGUUUUUAAUUCACUAUUUGGAACGAGCGUUUGGCCAAUGAUUGCCCAUGUGAUGCCAGAACAUCAACUAGGAAUGGCUUAUGGAAUCAAUCAAUCCAUCAUUAAUCUGAGCAUAGCAGUUGUGUCUAUCAUCUGUGGAAAAAUCGUUGAUAAGUUGGGCUACCUCGGGCUUGACGUGUUUUUCCUGGCCUGGCUUUUGGUAUCGAUGGUACCUGCCGUAAUGAUAUGGAAAUCCAAUCGAACUUCUACUGCCGAUAAAACGCAAGUCAUCGUCGAAAAGCCUAAAGCAAAUCCAGAUACGUUGGAAGACGCAUUACUUGAUUCUUCCGUCAAAUCCGUGAAAGAAAAGUCGGCAGUAAACAAGCAGGAAUUAAUACAGAAGGACCAUAGGCUUUUCAACAGAUGAUGAAAGUAAAAGUUAAAUUGUAAUAUUUUAUUAUGCUAUAAUCUCAUGCAGAGUGAUCAUUAUUAAUUAGUUCAUAGAUAUUUAGUAGAUUUUAUAUUAAUUUUAGUACGUAUCGUAUAACGAGUAUUAUACAUAAUCGAAUAGAAUGGAUAAUAACUUAACUGUUUCUUUGAGAAAUAUGUUUUUACAUUUUAUUUGUUUUUAAAC